AUGACAAAAUUUGAGGAAAUUCAUGUCUAUUCCUCUCGUGCGCGCAGUGCCAAGUACAAUUUUUCUCUGCUCCAGCGACUGUUCAGCUACAGUCGCUACCACAAGUGCUUCUUUGAUCUCCUUCUGACCCACAACUACCGGUCCUGUCUAGAAAUCCUGGACUUCUUGGCCCCAUACUACAAUGCUCGUAUGGAGGCCUUGGGUACUCACCCAAGACACCCCCUCUUCUAUCCUCUCAACUUCUACGUGGUGAAGGGAGAGGACAGGCUGAUGGGAGCAUCCUAUGUGAAUGAAGAGGAGAUACUGGAAGUGGCCUUCAGAGUGGAGGAUCUGUAUCAGAACUGGCCCCCUGACUGGGGUCCGUUGGAUGACGACAGCAUAGCCGUUUUGACCCCAUACACCCUCCAGGUGCACCUGAUACGCAAAGAGCUGAGGCGCAGAGGUUUGAGACAGAUCACUGUGGACACUGUACAGAAUGUGCAAGGAAGGCAGUUCCGGGCUGUCGUCAUAAGUACAGUCCAUACCAGAGAGACUGUCAACAAGGCUCACAUCAUUCCACAAGCACCCAGAAAUCAACAAGAGAAUGAGUUCUACUAUGCUUUCUUGUCAGAGGAGCGCCUCCUCAAUACGGCGUUCACCCGUGCCAAGUCACUGAUCUUUGUUGUAGGGGACCCAGUCGCACUCUGCUCCGUCGGAGCCUGUCAAAUGACCUGGGUGCGGUACGUGAAGGAAUGUCAAAAGAACAAUAGCAUCAUGCCACCAGAGAUGACUGUGGAUAUGAUUCAGGAGGAGAUAGCGGCUGCAAAGAAAAGGCAUAAUCCCACCGCUGCCACUUUUCAACCGCGCAAGGGAGCAUCAUCCACAACACCACAAGCAGCUACACGGAAGACUCAAUCUGUCAUGUCAGCGGGAGCAGCCCAAGGAUAUCGGAGGCUGAACAGUGAUGAAUUCCCAGAACUACCUGAGGUGAAUCAUGUGCAUACCCACAUUAAGAGCACCUUGUAUGAAUCAGAAGGGGAAGAUGAAUUUGAGGACAUUCAAGAUGAUGAUAUUCUGGAAGAGCUCCGUCUACAAAUGAAAGUGGACUAUCAAAAGGAGAUGAACAUAUGGGUUGAACCUAGUGAGAGUCUAGAAUCUAGUGAGGGUACAGAACCUGAACCAGAAACAUCGCCAGAACCAGAAGCAACACCUCCACCUCAGAUACUACAGCGAGGUAAACCAGUUUCAGCAUACCAGUCAAGACAUGCCCCUCAAAUGGCUGGGGCCAGUCAACUUAAAGGACAAAGAGAAUCAGUGAAGAAACCUCCUCAGACACUACCCACUAAGCAGCCUCCAGCUCCGAUGAGUGCUCAGCCAUCUGAGCCAGAAUUGGAUAUGUCAAGCUACCGUAUGGUGGAAAGGGAUGGUCGAAUUGCUCUGCUGCCAAGGUACAUGCCACAGAGUGCGCUAAGCCAAGCGGAAGAUUACGAUUCAGAUGAAGAUGAAGCGCAUGGUUCACCAGAAGAGAAGACAGAAGAUGAUUACCUGGAAAAGACAGUUACAGAACCUGAAAAAUUCAAGGUCUGCACCUUCAGAUAUGAUAUGAGGGGCGCAACACAUGCAAUCCCUCAUGAACGUGAAGCAUCUGAAGUCAUAUCCAUCACCAGCAAAAAACGUAGAGGACAAGCAUUGGACAAUGAUGAGGUUGUGGUAGAAAUCAUAGAGAUCAGGGAAGGCACAGAAGAAUUAGAAGGAGUUCAUGUGACUGUGAAGGUGGAAGAAGAUAAGAGAAUCUAUGGGAAGGUUGUUCACAUUCUGAAGAGAGAUUCUGAUCCAUAUCUACGCAAACUUGUGUGUACCCUUGACCCCUUCAGCAACAACCUGAUGGUGCCUGUGGACCGUACAUUCCCAAAGCUCUUCAUUACAAAGACAGAAGACAAAGCUGGAGAGCCAAGAGACAGGAAUGUGACAAAAGUCACAAUCCACACCAUCUCUCGUGUAGUUGCUAAGACGCAGGGUCGCUUCAAGCCGGAAAGAGACGUGUAUGUCACGAACAAAGAACGCCCGCAUAAGCUUUUUGUUGUUCGUUUCUGGAAGUGGAACACCAAGACUCCCUACCCACUGGGAGUAGUCAUUGAAGAACUGGAGCCAGGCACCACACCUAGGCAAGGACUGCACAUCCUCAAGCUGAUUCACAAUGUGAAAGACAGGUUCAAGGACUCUGUUAAUGCUUACCUCAGAGAGAACUUUCCUGCAGGGUGGGAAAUUCCUAAGGCUGAACUGGAAAAAAGAGUAGAUCUCAGAAACAUGAAGAUCUUCACUAUCGACCCUCCCGGUUCAGAAGAUCUGGAUGAUGCAGUCAGCAUGGAGCCCAUUGACGGAGAUCGCUUUAGGGUGGGAAUCCACAUAGCUGAUGUCUCCUACUUUGUUCCAAAAGGGAGUGACCUCGAUGAAGAAGCAAGGAUUCGUUCAACAUCUUUCUAUCCGUCCUUCCAUGAUAAACCCAUCCACAUGCUCCCCAGGAAGCUAGGCACUGACCUCUGCAGUCUCCUUCCUAAUAAGGACAGGUUGGCUUUGUCCUUGUUGGUGGUGCUCAACUCUGACGGAACACUUGCUGAGGCACCAAAGGUUUUCCGUACAAUCAUUAGUUCCUGCCAUAAACUCUCCUACCAUCAGGCAGAAGAGAUCAUCCACGGAGAAUAUCCCGAUGGUUUAGAGGAUGUUGCUGAACCAAUCCGCUGCCUGCACAAUCUGGCAUGUUUGAGACGAGCUCUUCGUCUAGGAGAUAAGAAAUGUGUCUACAAUGCAGAGGAUGAUAAUGGAGAGGUUCAGGAUCCACUUGCUCACAGCUUGAUUGAAGAGAUGAUGGUUCUUGCCAACGAAAUUGUCGUAGACCGUCUACUGUUGAAGUAUGCAGAUAGUACUCCCCUCAGGAGGCAACUAGCACCACCUCUAGACAAAAUUGAAGAAUGGAGGAAGACACACAAGGAUGGUGUCCGCAACAGUUUAUUGCUGACUGCUACUGUGAAUCAGGAUCAGGAUGAAGAUGUCGACCAGGAUACUGAGGACAACCCAAUGCUUCCUUUGACCAAGCCAGUCUGGGAGGAAAUUGUUCAGGCCUCCAGUGAAAAUACUCAGAAGGCAUUGGAUAAAGUCAUCAACAUGGUAUGCAUGGAUCCAAACCAUCCUCUUCAAGCUGUAGCCUUGUCUCAGUUUCAUCGGAUUAUGGAGCGGUCAGAGUAUGUGAACUCAGGAGACCAGCAAGGACCUGAACAGAGGGCGCACUUCUCUUUGAAGCUUAAAGCAUAUGUCCAUUUCACAUCGCCUAUCCGCAGGUUCAUCGAUCUUGUGGUACACCGGAUGCUGAUCGCAAGCUUAGAAGGUCUACCAUGUCCCUAUGAAGCAAGAGAGCUGGCCAACAUAACCCACAAUUGUUCUAGCCGAGCUGUGCAUUCCCAACGCUUCUCAAAGGAAAGCAAGUCUCUCCAGCUAGCUCUAAAGUUGAAGGAAGCUCCUCUGCAGCUGCUGACAUUUGUGGAGAGUUUCUCAGAUUCUGGUUUGAAGCUGCUCUUCCCACAUAGGCCAUACAUUCUACCAACACAGAGUAAGCUGGGUUUCAAUAUUCUCAAGCCCUCAAAGAGACCAGAGACUACUGCUGCGUCUGAAUCUGUUGACCUAGCAUGGAAGUCGAGAAUCUAUGACGUAAACCUAGAAGGACAACAGAGGCAUGGACACAGACAAAAUGCCAUAGAACUGGACAAUGGCCGCCAAAUUGUGAAUAUCCAAGAGGACAACUGGAAAGAUAUCUGCGAAAGCGUGAAAACUGGAAAUUACGAGUCCAUCAGGAGAGCCAUUAAGUCAACCAUCAAUUCUGGAGGGCAGGAGCUUUGUCAGCACCUGGAUCCAAUGAGGCGGUUAACUGAGCAGUCCUCAAUUGAGGCGACGUGUGAAUACGUGGACAUGAUGGGAAAGCAGCAGCAUUUCAUUGAAUUCUGCCGCUCCUUCAAGAAAGGUGAUGUCAACCAGGUCCAGUUGCAUGCUCGUCUGUUCAAAGGUGUCCUGACUCCCCAUAUCCAGCUCUUCAAUAUGACACCACAAUUGGAUGUGUGUGCAGAGCACCGUGAGCAACCAGUGCUUUGCUUUACAGACGUUGCCACCAAGAUUCCGGGGAAGGAGAAGUCUAUUGCUGCUUACCAGAAAUCCUGGCUCCCCAUCCUGUCAAUGAUCAGUGUUCACAGUGCUGUCACCUCUGAUGACACCAUCACCAUCCACAACGUAGCGAUCACCUGGCAGAAAUUAAAAGGCAACAAGUACCAGGGUUACUUCAAUCUUUCCGUUCCCUUCAUUAAGCAACGAUUCAUUCGCAUGAAUUGGCGGGCAAGAAACAAGGACAAGAGUAAGGAAGACGAUGAGGACCAGGAGUUAGACUUCAUCUGCGUCCGCUACAGGAAUCUCCGUGUCCAUACCCGAAACCUGCUCAAGAUGCGUGACUUGGACAGUAGUUCCAAGCACAAAGAGACGAAAGGGCCUUACAAUCGCCUGGCAUGGACUGAGCAGACCUUUGUAGCCCAUGGGUACACCACAGACGCCCAGACUGACAAGAAGACCCGGCUGACGACCGUCACCUUCCAGCUCCACACCACCUCCCUACCGUUCCCAGAGGAUGCACUGCUCUACCAACUUGAAGGAAAGGAGAUCUCCUGUACCAUUGAAAUCAUCCCCAAGACAAUUCCAGACUUGCGUGUAGAAUAUGCUGUGAGGCGGCUCCAAGACACGACCCCUCUCAUCCGCAAUAUCUGCCUCCGCAAGCCAUGCAAAGCUGAUGAUGGAGUCUUCAACCCAAAUGAGAUCACCAGGAUCGCGCUGAAGGAAGGUGGGAAGGUGAGAGACCUCCAUGUACAGGGGACUGAACUGCACCCACCCAAUAAAACGCAGUCAGAAGCCCUCAAGAUGGCCCUCACAAACACCUUCUCUCUCAUCCAAGGGCCGCCAGGAACCGGUAAGACAGUGACCGGUGCGUAUCUGGCUUACCAUUUCACCCAAGUCAACCAGAAGAUACCAGUGAUGGGUAAAGGUAGACCUCAGGUGCUCUACUGUGGACCUUCCAACAAGGCCGUUGAUGUCAUCGCUGGUUACUUAAAAAGGCUGGACAUCUCCAUUGUACGAGUCUACAGUGAGUUUAUGGUCAACAAGAUCUACCCCAUCCCAGGCAUACCUAGCUUGCUAUCCAAGUGGAAGCGAGCCAAUCAGGCUCGCAUCGACGAUCAGCUGGAUGAUGUCGCCCUUCAUAAGUUGAUCCGCAAGCCCGGAGCCCCUUACGCAGAAGAGCUCCGAGCAAUGGAGCUCACCUUUAAGAGUAUCUCAUCUGCGAGCCCAAGAGAAGUUAGAGAUUACAAAGAUCUCAUACUUGAGGCAGAGAGUGUGGAACUCAAAAAGCACUCCAUCGUCCUGUGCACGUGUAACGUAGCUGGAACAACCCCUAUCGCAGAUUACACCAACAUCAUCCAGUGUAUUGUGGAUGAGGCUGGCAUGUGUAGAGAGCCCGAGACACUCAUUCCUCUCACCAGCACUCUCCCUCAUCAGGUCGUCCUCAUUGGAGAUCACAAGCAACUCAAGCCAAUCAUCACAGAACCGAAUGCACGAGAUCUAGGCACUGAAGAGUCGCUCCUUGCAAAAUACAAAGGCAAAGCUCGCAUGCUCACCAUCCAGUAUCGUAUGCACGAGGCAAUCUGUUCCUUCCCGUCGGAGACCUUCUACAAAAACAAACUGGAAACGGACUUGUCGGUCAAGUGCCGCAGCCCUGACCCCCUGAGAGCGAUCUGGCCGAACAAGGGUCAAACCCCAAUGGUCUUCUGUCAUGUUUAUGGCAAGGAGGAAACGAUAACGGUCAAGUCGGACGAAGCAGGCGAGAUGUCCAAGGGCAACAUGGCUGAAGUCAUGCAUGCUACAAGAAUAGUCAAGCAGCUGCUACGGAAAGGAGCUCAGGCCAGUGACAUUGUGGUUCUGUCCCAGUACAAGCUACAGUGCUCACAGAUCGAGGAGAGGUUAAAGGAGUUAGGUCACAAAGAGGUCAAGGUCAAUACGGUCAUCACUAGUCAGGGAAGUGAAUGGAACUACGUGGUCAUGUCAACUGUGCGUUCCAUGCCUCAGAUGGAGAUUGAUGAUAAACCAAGCAGGGGAUGGCAACGCAAACAUCUGGGAUUCAUCAUUGACGAGAACCAGAUGAAUGUUGCCCUGACUCGAGCCAAGCGAGGACUAAUCAUCAUCGGCAAUCAACACCUCCUGGAAACUCAUCCAAGAUGGAGGGAACUACUCAAGAAGUAUCGGGACCUGGGCUGUGUCAUGGAGGCCCGACAUUUCCCACCUUAUGGUACUAAUUAACCGUUGCUGCUCUAGGAACAGGACUAAGUCAUGGGUGCAAAGUAGUGCUCACUUCAUAGCUGUUGAUUAGACCUGUCCCUUCUUUAGUGUUAGGACUGUUCUGGAGGACAUGCAGUCUCCACCUGAUUGGUUCUCGUUAGACCUGUCUCCUCUCUAGGACCAGGACUAUGCCAUUGGGGCUAAUUAAUUCCAAGCUUAGUGUAUGACCUCUGAUAUUAAAGUUAUUAGUUAGGUUUGUUGAUUAUCAGGGAUAAACUGAAAUAUAACUAGUCAGUCUUCUUGUCUUAAGGUUCUGCCAAAUAUUUGGGAUGUAAUAGAAAUGAUCAUGGAUUAGAAAUGUAGUAUCACAAUGUGCUCUAUUUUAUUCUUAUAAUGUUUACUUUAAAGAGAAGCAACUCCAAAGCAUUAAAAUCUUGAUUUUGUAGCUUCUAUUUCUAUUUGUAGGUUUAUAUUUCUGUUUGUCUUAAAAGCUUUUGUUAGGAACAUAUUUAUCUUUCAUUUUGAUAUCAUGUUCAUGUACUUUUAAUCUUGUCAUUACAAUCAUUUAAGUUUAAGUUGAAUUAAAAAGUGUAAUUGAAGAAUUAGAUGAGGUAAGUUUACAUGUACACAUAGAACCUUUAUCUGUAAAUAUGUAUAUGUACAUUGUAGGACAAGACCGAGUUAACGCUCUCCUGGUACUUUACAGACAAUACAUUUCCAAGGUCACUUUGCCAUGGUAUGGAGGCAAAAUAUGUCUGUGGAAAGAAUGGAUGCAUGUUCAUAUAUUUCUAUCAACGUACAUGUAUUGUGGACAGUGUUGGCGAUACACAAUUUAUUGUGCAACAAAUGAUACACUAGAUGCUGCUUAUAAGUAUCGGCUUGCAUGGUCACACGGUGCAACCGCAAGCCUUCUGUAAAUGAUACACUGUCAGUUCAUUUUUACUUCCAUGCUGUUUUUUCCCCUACAGAACCUUGAUGAUUAAAAGUGUAUGUAUAUUAAAUAUGUGUGUGUUAAGGUUGGUUUAGUAUAGAUUUAUGGAGUGUGUGUGACUUUGUUACCAUUAAACUUUGGAAGCGGACGGGAAAGUUUAUAGAAGAUAUUUGAGGUAUCAAGAAAUCUUUCAUUUUUGUAUUUUGUGUACUAAAUAAAUUAUUUUUGUAUCAUUUACACACCAAGUAGCAAGUACUGCAAUGAAGCAGUCAGUGCCAUACAUAAUGAGUGUACACAACAAGGGAAUCUCUAAUAUAGGGGUCUACUUUUGUGGGUUUGCAUGCAUACUUAAACAAAAAAUGGCUUUCUACUGAAAUAAUGACAUCAACAUUCCAUGUAAACAUGAAGAGUGCACUAUGCUCUAAAAAACAAAACAAUCAAAGGUCGAGUUGAGUUCUGUUAAUGAAAAAAAUGUACUGAAACAAAAGUAGAGGGAUGCUGCAUUCUUUUAUUUUCCUAUAUCAAUGAAUCCAACAAUGUGCAAAAUAUCGUUUGCAUUAUAAUUAUGCCCAGAUAUAGGGUAGAUUUGAGCAAAGAAGUGAUAGUUUGAUUCUUGUAAUCAGUUGCUCAAAAUUAGUCCUGGCGUAGCUGAACUUCUCGGUUUUCAACAAUACCAGACUGUUACUUGAUGCAAUGCUUAUUAUCAGAUCUCAACUUUGCUUAUUAAAAGCAAAUGGGAUAGUGGUCUGUUUGCAGGUUUCCAAACACUUUCAUUCCAGCUUUAAAAAAGAUCAGCGCAAAUCCUUGUAAUUUCUUUGUUUAAGAAGGCUGAAUAUGUUGGGUUGCAACGUAAAUAAAUGACUUUACAGUGUGUAAUCUACAUAGGAAUAAAUGUUUGUAUUGUUAAGCAUUUAAUUCUGUGUGACUUUGGUUGGUUUUGUUUGAUAUUCAUAUGUUUCACAAGAAAUGCAAAACAUUUACCAAAUUUGUUUUUGUAGUGCUUAAACCUUCACUAUAUAUGAAGCUGUUUGGUAGUGUAAGUUGCUUAAUACUACUGCAGUUGUAACUUGUCAGUGAUUUAUUUCACUUAAUUUUGAAAGAGAUUUCUUGUCAAUAUAGAAGCAUAACAUAAAGACUUGUGUCACACAAGAUAAUCAGACUGGAUUACAAACAAACCCUUAUCCUGGUCUGUAAGUUGAUCAAAUACAUCAAGUUCCAUAUUAGAACAUCUGCAUUAAAUCGAGCAGAUACUUUAAAUAGUUUGACAUUAUACAAAAUUGCAAAGGAAAUAUUCUUGUUUUACAAAUGACACCUAAACCAUUUGUUUAAUUCUUUACUCGAAAGAGAGCCUUGAAAAAAAAGAUUAUACACCUGCACAUACUCUCCAUAUAAUGAUAUACUUUUCCCUUUUGUAAGUUAAUUUGUAAUAUUCUUUUUCAUAAUAGGUCAUAACUUAUAUCAAAAGAAAGAGAAAGAGACAAAGAGGCCUUAGUAAUUGCCAUGUUCAACAUUGUUGCAGCUGGUUGAAGUGCGAUUAUCCCUUUUUGUUAUCAUUUUGUUAUUGCAGUACAUAAUAUUUAUCGUUAUACAUGUAGACUUUAGUUACUUGAAUAUUUUUGUUUUGUAGAUAAAGCCAAGACUCUUUGAUUUUGUACUUUUUUGCAUAAUUAUUCUGUAGAUAACGUUGAUUCAUUUUUUGUCUGCAUAUAUACCUAAGUACAUGUACUACAUGAUGUAGUUUAAUAUUUCUUAACUUGUAGAUUCAAUAUGUUCUAUACGUGUACUUGCUCAUUGUCACAUCAAAUGUGGAAUAUUCUGUUUAUACAUACCAUUACUAUUUAUAGUUUUGCAUACGAAAUAGCCAGGCUAUUGGGUCGUUACUUUAAUACAGAGAUUAAGAUUCUAUGUUGAAGUUAAGCAGUCACGAAUAUUAAUAUUAAGGUAAAUGUCAGUUAUGAUUGUUAUACAGUGUCAAUUUAGGUUACAAUAUAGUGGAAAGACAAAUUAAUGCUAAGUAAUGUAAACCAGUAUUCAGUUUAUCGUAGCAAUUAUAGUACAUAAAUUGGUUUCUUGCAUCUGUUGAAAUACACUGAUUUUGUUGUGUGUGCCGAGAUUCAGAAGGGGGUAACUUAAAUGAUAUAUAUGGUUUAAUGCACUUCUGGAUCUCAGCAGAUGAUUUCUCUUUAUCAAGCAAAAGUAUACAUAAGGCUAGCAUCUUGUAUGUUGUACAUGUACAGCAAAACCUGUAUAAUUAUAUAUACCAUACAAAUUAGACCAUAAAAGGCAGAUAAUCUUUAUCUGUAUGCACAGGUAAUGAAUAUGUUUCAAUGAGAAAAGAGAAGAUGCAGUCUUUACAGACAGGUGAUCUUAUUAUAGAAAUCUUUCUAUACAGAUGGUUGCCAAAGCAGUUUUCACUAUAUAUGAAUGUGUUUAUGGAGCAAUUGUAUAGUCGAAGACAAAGAUUUUAAGAUAUUCAAUUCUUUUUCACUUAUCCUAGAUCUUCAUGGUAAAUAUAUAGGUUUAGUUAUGCACAUUGAUUGAAUAGGUAUUUGAUGAUGACAUAAAGUGUACUACCUUUCACAUUUCCUAACUUCACAUCUAGGCUAGAUUCGUCACAUCUAGGCUAGAUUGUUGCAAUUACCUUCUCUUUGGUCUUCCUGCAAAAACAACCUCAAAGCUCCAGUGUAUCCAAAACACAGCAGCUCGUCUUGUUUCUUGUGUUCCUUGUACUUCUCACAUUAUCCCUUUUUUUCAAAAACGUCACUGAAAAACUUCUCCUUUCAAGACUUAUCAUGGUUUCGCUCCUUCUUAUCUUUCUGAACUCCUUUCUCGAUACACUCUUGUCCGGACUUUGCGAUCUUCUUCUCAAUCUCUCCUCUCUCGGUCUCACACCGUCUCUCGUUUAUGCAGCUGCAUUUCUUUGGAACAAUCUUCCCUUUCAAAUUCGCAAUGCUAGUUUUUAAAUACAUUUAAAUCAAUGCUAAAAACACAACUCUUUAAAGUCUUGUUCCUAAAUAGCCCUCUGACCUUUUGCCUUUCAUAUUUUUUGUAGAUUAACGUAGGAUACCAUUAAUUUAUGAACUAUUUGUAUUUUGGUUGUAAGUGAUUUGUAAUUAUGUACAUGUAUUAUUUUCAUUUGCAAAAUUUUAAUGUUAAUUGAUUUGAUGUCAUUUGUAAUGCAAAUUCUGUUUCCUUUAUUUAUCAACUAUUUUCCUUCUAAACCGCUUAGAGGCUUUAUGCAAUUUGUAGUAGAGAAAUAUCUUAUUAUCAUUAUUAUAACCGAGAGUUAAGUGUCUAUGCGCAUUACUUUUGUUGCACGCAGUUGCGAUUCAUUUACAAAUUAACAAAAUUGCAGUGGCUUUUUUUCUUCAAUGUGGCGGUAUAAAAAGUUAUAUAUCAACAAGUCUUAAUUGUUUCUUAAUAAAGGUUUUAAUAUUCUUCAAGUUAAUAUCAUACAUGCAGUUCUGUAGAUGAUAAAAAUCAAUGCCUUUAAAUAUAGCAUUUGCAAAGUAGCUUGUAAAUGUACGCUGUAAUCACAUGAAAUGCACAGAUCAUUGAUAAAGAUAUCACGUUUAAUGGCAACCUUGCUAAUUUAGGAGAUUUAGUUGCUGCAGUAGAGAUAUCAAAGCAUGCAUUCUGAUUUUAAAGAAAGUUAAUGUACAAUAUAUAUGUAAUAUGUGUAGGUUAAAUAUAAAGGCCACAUGUGGCAUAAAGCAAGCUUUCUCAAUAAAAGCUUGUUUCAUAGACUUAUUUUAAUACAUUGUAAACUGGAGAUGAACCUAGUGUUAUCAAUGCAGCAGCUUUCUGUAGUAAGAUUAUGUCAGAUGUUAUGAUUAAGUUGAAAAAAUGGUUGUUUUUGUGUAACUCAGAUUAAAUAUAUUGAAGGGAUGUCAUUUUAA